UACACAACACGCAGACACUAGGCAGCAAGAUGCCAUCUUUCUCAACACCAUUGUUGUACCUCUGCCUACUGCUGGCGCCGUGCCUUCUUCUCUUGCAAGAAGCACACGCGGCGCGCCAUGGAGGGAUCUCACUGAGGUCCCAACACAUUGCCCUCCUCCACUGGAAAGCUACACUUGCAAGCCCACCGCUGCAGAUGAGCUCCUGGCAGGAAACCACCAGCCCCUGCAACUGGACAGGCAUCAUGUGCACGGCUGUUCGCCAUGGCCGCCGCAUGCCCUGGGCGGUGACCAACAUCUCCCUACCUAAUGCUGGCAUCCGUGGUCAGCUUGGUGAGCUCAACUUCUUGGCUCUUCCAUUCCUUGCAUACAUUGACCUUCAAAACAACAGUCUCCAUGGUGCACUGCCUGCUAGUAUCAGCUCCCUGUCAACACUUUCAGUACUUAACCUUCCCUACAACCAGCUCAUAGGGAAAAUUCCUUCUGAGAUUGGUGACCUGAAAAGUCUCAGGCUACUUGAGCUCUCAUUUAACAGAUUCACAGGACAUAUCCCUGCGUCUCUGGGUAACCUAACAAUGUUAACCGAUCUUCUCAUUCACCAAAACAUGGUAUCAGGUCCCAUUCCUGAGGAGAUUGGAAGACUUGUUAACCUACAAAAUUUACAGCUAAGCAACAGCAACUUAAGCGGCACGAUACCAAAAACCCUUGGAAACCUGAGCCAACUAAAUAAUUUGUACCUGUUUGGUAAUCAACUUUCCGGACCUAUACCCCAAGAACUAGGCAGGCUAGUGCAUUUGCAAAGUCUUGAUCUUAGUUUAAAUGAUUUUUCAGGCCCAAUUCCAAUCUCCAUAACCAAUCUCAAAAAGUUGAACACACUUUAUCUCUAUGGAAAUCAAAUCACAGGUUCAAUACCAUUACAGUUGGGCAUCUUGUUGAAUCUCAAAGAUUUAGACUUGUCCAAUAACAGAAUAUCUGGCUUUAUUCCCCAAGAUAUUGGCAAUCUGAUGAAUUUGCAGUUUUUAGACUUGGCCGACAACCAAAUAUCUGGCUCUAUUCCUCGUAGCUUAGGAAAUAUAACCAAGGUAGUAAAAAUAACCCUCUCUGAAAAUCAGAUAACAGGUUCCAUUCCCCACGAGAUUGGCAAUCUCAUGAACCUCGAAGCUUUAGGCUUGUAUCACAACCAAAUUUCGGGAUCAAUACCAAAAACUUUUGGGAAGUUGCAAAGCAUCCAACAACUGCAAAUCUAUGAUAACAAAUUAUCAGGUUCUCUUCCUCGAGAAUUUGGAGAGCUCAUCAGCCUUGUUACACUUGAGUUGUCUAACAACUCACUUUCAGGACCUUUACCCGCAAAUGUAUGUUCAGGUGGCAAACUUCAAUAUAUCGAUGUCUCUUCUAAUAUGUUCAAUGGCCCCAUUCCAAGCAGUUUGAAGACUUGUACUAGUUUGGUUCGAAUUGACAUUCAGUCAAACAAAAUAACAGGAGAUAUAUCUCAGCAUUUUGGUGUGUAUCCACAACUCACAAAGAUGCGCUUAGCAUCGAAUAGACUCUCUGGGCACAUCUCACCAAAUAUAGGUGCAUGCACCCAACUAACAGUGCUAAAUCUAGCACAAAAUAUGAUCACGGGUUCCAUACCUCCAUUCCUUUCUAAAUUGUCCAACCUAGUAUACCUAUCACUCGAUUAUAAUCAUCUCACGGGUGAGAUUCCACCAGAAAUCUGCACUUUAAAUAAUCUAUAUAGCCUGAACUUAUCAUCGAACCAAUUAUUUGGGUCAAUACCUACACAGAUAGAAAAGCUGAGGAAUCUAGGAUACCUUGAUAUGUCUGGGAACAAACUGAGUGGAUUAAUACCCGAGGAACUAGGGGCCUGCAUGAAACUACAGUCCUUGAAGAUCAACAACAACAGCUUCAGUGGGAGUUUGCCUGGUGCGAUUGGAAAUUUAGCAGGCCUGCAGAUCAUGUUAGAUGUGAGCAACAAUAACCUAAGUGGUGUGUUGCCGCAGCAACUUGGGAAGUUGCAGAUGCUAGAAUUUCUGAAUUUAUCACAUAAUCAGUUCAGUGGCAACAUUCCAUCCUCCCUUGCAGGCAUGGUGAGCCUUUCAACACUUGAUGUGUCCUACAACGAGUUGGAAGGGCAGGUCCCAACAGCACGGCUACUCCAAAAUGCUUCAGCAAGUUGGUUUCUUCCCAAUAAAGGUCUGUGUGGCAACCUCCCUGACCUGCCACCUUGUUAUUCAACCCCAGUAGCUGCUCACAAAAAGAGGAAGAUACUUGGUUUGCUUUUGCCAAUUGUUCUUGUGAUGGGUUUCGGCAUUGUUGCUGCAAUUGUUGUCAUAAUAAUACUUAUUUGUAAGAAGAGAAAUCCACAAGAAAGUGUUACCGCUGAAGCAAGGGACCUAUUCUCUGUUUGGAAUUUCGACGGAAGAUUAGCAUUUGAUGAUAUUGUAAGGGCAACAGAAGACUUUGAUGAUAAGUACAUCACCGGAACGGGAGGAUACGGCAAAGUCUACAAGGCACAACUCCAAGACGGGCAGCUGGUUGCUGUGAAGAGGCUUCAUCAGACCGAAGAAGAGUUGGAUGACGAAAGAAGAUUUCAUAGUGAAAUGGAAAUCUUAUCACAAAUCCGACAGCGAAGCAUCGUCAAAAUGUAUGGAUUCUGCUCCCAUCCAGCAUAUAAAUUUCUUGUCUACGACUACAUUCAGCAGGGCAGCCUCCACAAGAUACUGGAAAAUGAGGAGCUAGCAAAGGAAUUGGAUUGGCAGAAGAGAAUUGCUCUUCCAAAUGAUGUGGCUCAAGCAAUAUCUUAUUUGCACCACGAAUGCAGUCCGCCUAUAAUCCAUCGAGAUAUCACGAGUAACAACAUCUUACUUGAUACAACCUUCAAGGCUUUCGUCUCGGAUUUCGGCACAGCAAGGAUUCUUAAGCCUGAUUCAUCAAACUGGAGUGCACUAGCAGGAACGUAUGGCUACAUAGCUCCUGAACUGUCGUACACAUCUGUUGUGACAGAGAAAUGUGAUGUCUAUAGCUUUGGCAUUGUUGUGCUAGAGCUACUGAUGGGGAAGCAUCCAAGGGAUCUAUUAGACGGUACUUUGUUAAAUGGAGAACUGACUAUACUGGUGCAAGAUAUUCUGGACCAACGGGUGACAACACCAACAACAACAGAAGAGAAGAGCUUAUGUCUGCUCAUUAAGCUGGCCUUUUCUUGCUUGGAAUCUUCUCCACAAGCAAGGCCAACCAUGAGGGAGGCAUACCAAAUGCUCAUCCAGCGACCCUCUUCUAGUUCAUGUCCUGUGCCUUUCAACGCACUUACAUUACAGCAAGCAAGGGAUGCAUAUUAAUAUAUGAACCAAAAUCUAGUGAGAAGCAAGUAUCUAUCGAAGCGGAGGCCGAUUUAGGUUUCAGCUUUUGAGUCGUGUCACUCAUACAUGCUACCUAUAUAUAAUUUGGGAUGAGUUGAUUACUCAUUGUAAGUCUAUGUGUUUUGUAGACACUCGCCUGUUACAAUGAACGAUCACCAU